UCGAUCUCAGAUCGUCAUCCCUACAUAGCACGGUUCAAUUAAUUUUUCGUCAAAUACUUUAGGAAAUCUAGUUGGAAAUUAAGUUUUGUCAUUUUAUAUAUGAUAUACCUAUCAUGGUUUAACUCAAAUCUUAUUUUAUAGAAUCCAAUAAACUGUUAUCUUGUAAAAGUACUUUUAUCAGGUGAAUAAACACAAUGAGUUCCUCAAAGACUCCCUCUGCACAAGCUCCUCAAAAAUUUGCCCUAUUGCCGAAAAUCAUAAAUGGCGGCAUCGCCGGCAUCGUGGGGGUUUCGGUGGUGUUCCCCCUGGACCUGGUCAAGACGCGGCUGCAGAACCAGACCGUGGGGCCGCAGGGCGAAAAACAGUACAAGAGCAUGUUGGACUGUUUCAAGAAGACAUACGCAGCGGAGGGCUACUUCGGCAUGUACCGCGGGUCGGCGGUCAACAUCCUGCUCAUCACACCGGAGAAGGCAAUCAAACUAGCCGCCAACGACAUGUUCCGACACUAUCUCACGUUGUCUGACGGGUCGCUGCCGAUGUACCGUCAGAUGCUGGCGGGCGGCAGCGCGGGCGCGUGUCAGAUCGUCAUCACGACGCCCAUGGAGCUGCUCAAGAUACAGAUGCAGGACGCGGGCAGGGUGGCCGCGCAGGCCAAAGCAGAGGGUAGAACCGUGCCACGGGUCACCGCUAUCGAACUUACCAGAAAGCUGUUGCGAGAGCGCGGAGUAUUCGGGUUAUACAAAGGCAUAACGGCCACCGCCGCUAGAGAUGUUUCCUUCAGCGUGAUCUACUUCCCGUUGUUUGCCACUCUCAACGACCUCGGGCCCAAGGAGAGCCCGGACGGCCCCACUGCUUUCUGGUGGUCGUUCCUGUCGGGCUGCGUGGCGGGCUCGUCCGCGGCGCUGGCGGUGAACCCCAUGGACGUGGUGAAGACCAGGAUGCAGACGCUCACCAAGGGCACCGGGGAGCGGCAGUACUCUUCUAUACUGGACUGUGUCGUACAAACAUUGAAGUACGAAGGGCCGACGGCGUUCUUCAAGGGCGGCGCGUGCCGUAUGAUCGUCAUCGCGCCUCUAUUCGGCAUCGCGCAAACUGUCUACUACCUGGGCAUCGCAGAACAACUGCUCGGGCUCAAGAAGUGAACCUCUUCCAAAGUCAAUGAUCUAAGAUGUGGUAAGAAUGUUUAUGAGAUGUUUUCUUCCAAUAAUGGACCGAUGAGAGAUCGUGCUUUAGCGUGAGGGUUUUGCAAUUUCUGACAACAGAUAGCGCCAUUUGAAUUUGAGAAUUCGAUUCGAUAAUUCAGUCGAACGGGAAAAAUAAUUUUAAACAAAAUCCAGAACUCUCACUCUACUGUUAAUAUAUUAUACACCAUUAUAAAGAGAGUACAAUGUGUUUUUUAGAAGAGCAUAUAUCACAGGCUUUGAAAUAAGGCCAUAAGCACUAUGGAACUUAGAAAUCAAGAAGAGAGAUCAACUAUUAAGAUAACUGUAUUUGCACUAACUAAAACUAGUCCUAUACGUUUACUACGUUUUCUCAUAAGCGUCCAUUAUAAACAAAUUUAAUUUGUUUUAUAAUAACCUAUAAUAUAAUAAUAAUCUAAUAACAAUAUUGAAAAUAUUGUGUAUUCUUGUUUAUUAUGUCUCAGUUCUAUUUAGUGAAUUAUUUUGUUAAGUAGCCAAUUUAUGUUUUUUAACCUUUUCCUGCAGUACGCUUUUUUACUUUUUUUAAAUCACAUUCACAUUUUACAUGAGUUUUAUAAGUUAGAUUUUUUUAUAAUUUUGCAUUUUUUAAUCCUGCUUUAGUCAUUUUUGUAGGAAAAGUGCAAUUUGAUUGCCCUAAUUAAUUUAAGACAUACAUUUCCAUAUCAUACUUUUUUUACUCAUAUUUAGCUCAAAUAUUUUGUAUAAUUUCAGUGAUAGGUUAAAGUGAUAUUAUUAUGUAUUUUGUUGAUUAAUUUUAAAUAAUGAUGCCAUUUUUAUUAAGUGAAAUUGUUACGUACGGCACACAUUUUGUUUAUGAAUUGUUUUUAAUUUAUGUGGUUAAGACUACAAAGCCGAGAACGUAUUAAUUAUGUAAUCAUUAUUUCAUUAAAAAUACCUACAUAAUGUAUCUAUUAUAUUCCAUGGAUUAACUUCCAUGGAUCGUGUAUUGUGGGCGUAUGUAUGUUUAUUAGUUGGCACAUUCUAGUCAAAAUAUAUUGACGAUUAAGCUUGAGUAUGUACGCAAACGGAAAUUAACGCUAACAUACCGUUUUUUCUGAGGUUUCGACCGGGUUGCACUGACCGUGGUCACAGGAUGAUUAAUUCCCGUUUAAAAGUAUUUGAACAGUGUCGUUAAAUUGGCUUUAGGUUGACACUUGCUUUUAUUAGGUAUAUAGUUAUUUUGGAGUUUGUAACUAAUUAAACUUACUGCUGUUUUUCUAAUAAUUUGCGCUUGGUGCAAAUCACUAGCUUUUAACGAUUUACUGUGUGGGUUCGAAUUAAAGCUGAUAUUCGAUUAUUAUAAAUGACAAUAAUUAUAAAAACUGUGAGAUGUAGGUAUGUAGAUAGUGUUGUAAUGAAAUAAUAAUAUUAAUAAAUGUCAAUUUAACUAUUAUUAAAAUGAAAUUUAUUUCAGUUACGUUUAAACACGCUUUAAAUAAAGACAAUUACCAGGAAUAAAAAAAAAUUAAAAUAGGUAUGUGAAUUUUGUUGGAACGACAAUCUUAAAGAAUAUUGCCACACAAUUUAUAAAGCAAACUUUUCCUAAGUUGCGAAUAUAAAAAAGGGUAUUUUAUUAUAAUAAUUAAAAGCAGAGUAUUUAUUAUUUAAGGCUAGCUUAUUUGAUGAUAAGAGUGAAAUCUCUUAGUCGCGAUUUAUUUCGCUUAUACUCUAUGAUCGGAACCCUCCAUUAAUUACAAAGAUUUUGACCUUUUGUCUUAAUGUGUAGGUUUAU